UGCGGAGUGACGUGCCGCCCAUUACAAUCCCAUGAUGAUGGAGAUGCAACACUCGGAAUCAUGAUGCGGAUUCGAUCAUGCAUAUCUCACUUCGCCUGCACGUUCCUUGUACCUAUACAACGAGAGAGAAUAUUCUGACCGUCUUUACCUUUGAGACAUCAUCCCACCAUCCUCCCACCAACUCCACGGACUGUUUCAAGUAAGAGUCAAACCGAUCAUCCUUACACAGCCCACCCUUCAGUUCGAUUCUGUCAAAAUGAUAAAAGAUCACUCAAGAAUCGUCAUCACUGGCGCUGGUCAAGGCAUCGGAAGAGCCAUUGCACGCCACUUCGUCUCCAAAGGGCACAAGAUCUUCAUUCUUGACCUCAACGAAGACAACCUCCGACACACAGCAGAAGAGCACCUGAAAGAACAUUCCGACCGUAUCGGCUGGUCAAAAUGCAAUCUCCGCAGCGUCGACGAUAUCCGAUCAACCAUCCAAAAGGCCGCAAAGUUCCUCGACAACCGCAUCGACUAUCUGAUCAACAAUGCCGGCAUCUCACACCCGUACUGGGCCGACGGCAAAACCAUGGCUGAUGAAUCCGUCCUGGACCAAUGGCAGGCGUACGUCGAGACCAACCUUACCGGCCCGUUCGUCAUGUCCCAAGCCUGCAUCCCCUACAUGAAGCUCGAACAAGACGAAAACAAGCAGAAACUUCCAGGCUCCAAGACUGGCACUGCAGGACCCUGUAUCAUCCACAUGAGCAGCUUUCGUGCCCUGAUAUCAGAUCCAAACCAGGAGGGUUACGCUUCCACCAAAGCUGGCUUGUUGGGAAUGACUCAGAGCAUGGCUGUCUCGAUGCAAUCGUUCGGUAUCCGCGUAAAUAUGGUGUCGCCAGGAAGGGUCAAGGUGACACACGAGAACCAAGAUGCGGACGCGGCAGGCGAAAAGUGGGAGGUGGAAGAGGACGAUAUCAGCACACAUCUCACCAACCGAGCAGGAUUGCCAGAGGAUAUCACCGAGGCGUGUGAAUACCUUCUUGGUGCUGGGUUCGUGACUGGUCAGAAUCUGAUUGUCGAUGGUGGUGUUAGUAAGAUCAAGGGCAAGGCCUGAAAAGAUGAGGUAUCUCAGACCACCUAGAGGUCAUAGAAUUGUUCUCCGGAUCGGCGCAAGAUCUUGAUGGAGCAGAGGUCGACCUCACAAUGAUGGCUUCAGUCGAAGUUCUAAAAGUUAGAAUGAGCAUCAGAUGGCCGAGUGACAUCGGUCAAUUGCGAUAAUUGAGCUCCGAAAAACCUCGCAUGAUCGUGCACUUCGGCGUGUCUGCACCUGUAGUAC